AUGCACGAAGUACCAGGUUUGGCACACCUGGCAGCCGACCGGAGAUUGCUCAAGCUGGCCUCGGCAUGCUUGCAGAAUAGAGGCGUCCGACCGAUCAUUAAUGUCGAACUUUUCGACAAGCCGCCUCUGGGAAACAGUUCGACUGCAACGCCACCCCAUCAGGACAACUUUUACUUCAAGGCCUCAGAGCCAGGUAUUGCCCUGUGGAUAGCUUUGGAUGACAUGGAUGAUUCAAGCGGCACUUUGCGGUAUGUACUUGGAAGUCACCUGGCAGGGCUGCGUUUUCACGAGUGGGACUGGGGACCGGCCGGCUUUGCCAAAAACAUUUAUGAUUACAGUGAUGCGGAUGAUGACUUGGAGCGAUCGCCUGGGCAUCUUUAUCCUGGAGAUGUGGUAGUGCACCAUGGGUUGACCAUACACCAUGCAUCUGCUAAUCUCACUGCAAAGCGUCGACGAGCUCUGACUAUCAACUACGUCGCUGAGCAUGUCGCCCACUCCAUCGUGGAUGAUUUGUACCAGCCAGCCCUCAUCUUUCAAAUUGACGGCAGCCAGUUGAAGGCAAAGAUACCUGACUGGCCCGAGAGGCGAGUGUUAGCCGCCACAGCCGUCCAGUGUGCUCUUGGCCGGCCACAGUCUGUGAGCAUCGCUGGCUCCGUUGCAAUCGAAAGUCACCAGCUGGUGUUGAACGUCGACGGCUGCAUGGAGGAAGCUAUCACGGCAUUGAUCUGCUCCGGUCACAUCGUGAAGGGGGCACAACGAAACGAUCAUGAUGUUUCCGCAUCUCAAGAAGCGCCAAGCCACAGUGGUGUUUGGAUUCUGCACGAUGAUGAGUUGGAAGGGAUUUGGAUUCAGAGUUCCUGUGGGAUCUUUGUGGAUAUUUGUUCCCUUUCGUCGUUGAGAAAGGCCGAACAUCCCGACACAGCUGCUGUGGCACAGCAGCAUGCCGCAGCGGGCAUGUUGAGAGAUGGUUUGCACGGGACCGUUAGCAAGCAGCACUUGACAAGCUUCCAAUGUGCGCACCGAACGAUCGGUCUGGACAGAGAUGCGGGUGGCUCAGAGGACAGGUUGAUCGAGGAAGCGAAUGUACGAGCAAGCCAGGUUAUUUGGCAUCGCGAGGCAUCAAGCCACACAGCAAGCAGCACCGUGCUGCGGCUCGACGGCAUGAGGCCCGGGUGGUGGGUGGUCUGCGGCAGCUGGUGGGGCAGAGUUCUUGGAAGAGAAGAUCAUGACGUGGUGAGUGCGAUUAGAUGCAGAUCUCUUUGGCAUUUGAUCUCAACUUACUCUGAAGAUCUGGACCUGGAUGAGCAUGCUGUUCAGGGCUGCAAGGCAACAUUUGGACGCGUAGAUUCACCAGGCGUCCUGCGUGUUGUUCAAGAUCUCGACCCUUCUCAAGCCGGGUCCUUGUUUCUUGACGGAGCUGCGAAGUGGUUGAUUCGUGCAGAUCGGGACAUUCUGGAAGAAUCAUGGUCAGGAUUGCGUUGGCGCGUCCUGGACUUGCGCAGUGACCUCACGAACCUCGGCAUUUCCGACAGUUUGAAGCGCAGACUCCCCGAAGAACCGGUGAGAUGA